UCAUGUUUUAACUCAACCAUGGUUAAAGAUUUUUCUAACCAUUUAACCCCCCCUAAGUCUCCUAACUAUAGUUAUAACACACAUGCUGUUUGGGAUUUAGAACAAACCCAAAAUAUUGCCCCGCCCCCCCUCUCUCCCUCUCUCUCUCUGUAUUUACUUUGCAAGAAAAUAGAGAAAAACAUCAUCUUUCAUUUUUGUGCCUCGGAAAAUCACCAAAAACAAUCUUUCUUUAUUCGGAAAAAACUAUAAUGUUUUUCUCAAUUCAAUUCUAGCUCAGUUUGUUCCAGAGCUCCAUAGUUUUGCUUGUUUCUGCUUCUUGAUUACAAGUGCAGAGAUAGUACUGCUAUUUUGGAUUUCAAGCUUUUUGAGAUCUGGAAUUAGAGGCUAUGGGCAAUUGGGUGUUCAAUAAGAAGAAGAGGAUCAAUUGCUUUUCAUGAAUUUAAGAUGGGUUUGUUUUGGAUUGGUGUAGAAUGUGUUAAAGGUUGAAACUUUGGAGAAAAAAAAUGAAUUGUCCUUUUUAGUUCUUGUUUCAUCUUAGGUAUAUUAAAUUUGGAAUCUUUUUUCUUUUGUGGCCUAGAGGGUGUUUAGGUAGAUAUGGUAACUGGGAAUAUGUGUUGGAGUGAUGAGGAUAAGGCUAAUGUGGCGGCUGUUUUGGGAAAGGAUGCUUUUGAAUAUUUGAUGUCUGGCUCUGUUUCAGCAGAAUGUUCUUUAAUGGCUAUAGGGAAUGAUCAGAAUUUGCAGAAUAAGCUUUCAGAUCUCGUGGAAAGGCCAAACCCCACUAAUUUUAGCUGGAAUUACGCCAUCUUUUGGCAAAUUUCACGGUCUAAAUCAGGGGAAUUGGUGCUAGGAUGGGGGGAUGGGUGUUGUAGAGAGCCUAGGGAAGGAGAGGAGCGUGAAGUUAGAAGGAUUUUCAAUCUACGCCUUGAUGAUGAGGCUCAACAAAGGAUGAGGAAGCGGGUUCUUCAGAAGUUGCAUUUGUUAUUUGGUGGAACGGAUGAAGAUAACUAUGCUUUAGGAUUAGAUAGAGUUACUGAUACCGAAAUGUUCUUCCUUGCCUCCAUGUAUUUUUCGUUCCCUCGAGGAGAGGGAGGUCCAGGGAAGUGUUUUGGCUCCGGUAAGCAUUUGUGGUUAUCAGAUGCAUUGACAUCUAAUCUUGAUUAUUGUGCUAGGUCUUUCUUAGCUAAGUCUGCUGGUAUGCAAACUAUUGUCUUGAUUCCAACUGAUGUAGGAGUUGUGGAAUUGGGUUCAGUGAGAUCGAUUCCGGAGAGUUUGGAGCUAUUGCACAAUAUAAAAUCUUGCUUCUCGUCGUUUUUGUCACUUGUUAGGGCUAAGCAAGCUACAGGUAUAGCAGUUGUACCUGAGAAAAAAGAGGGAAACAAUCCCCACUUUUCCAACUCAAUCGCUGUUACUGAACGACCAGAUGGAAAUCCUAAGAUAUUUGGGCAUGAUUUGAAUUCGGGUACUCACUUUAGGGAAAAACUUGCGGUUAGGAAAGCGGAGGAGAGGCCAUGGGACAUGUACCAAAACGGUAACAGGAUGCCAUUUGUGAACGCACGGAAUGGUUUGCAUGCUGCUUCUUGGGCUCAAUUCAGUAAUGUGAAGCCGGGAAAGCCUGUGGAGUUUUAUGGUCCUCAGACUCCAGCACACAACCUAGUCAAUGGUGGAAGGGAAGAUUUACGUUUGAACAACUUUCAACAUCAAAAUUCAGCUGCUAGAAUGCAAAUUGACUUCUCCGGAGCAACCUCGAGGCCCAUUGUUUCGUCGGCACAAACUAUUGAGUCUGAGCAUUCAGAUGUUGAAGCUUCGUGCAAGGAAGACCGUGCAGGCCUAGCUGAUGAAAAGAGGCCCCGGAAACGUGGAAGAAAGCCCGCCAACGGAAGAGAGGAGCCCCUCAAUCAUGUGGAGGCAGAGAGGCAGCGGAGGGAAAAGUUGAACCAGCGAUUCUACGCUUUACGAGCUGUAGUUCCGAAUAUCUCCAAGAUGGACAAAGCUUCCCUCUUAGGAGAUGCCAUUGCUUACAUAACUGAGCUGCAGAAAAGAUUAAGAGACAUGGAAUCUGAGAGGGAGCUGAGAUUAGGAAGCACUUCGAGGGAUGGGAUGGCUUCCGAAGACAGCCCGAGUUCAGAGAUUCAAAUACGAGGACCCGAUAUCAACAUAGAAGCUGCCAAUGAUGAAGUCAUUGUGAGGGUGAGCUGCCCACUCGAAAGCCAUCCAAUAUCUCGAGUCAUCCAAACAUUCAAAGAGGCAAAAAUCAAUGUGGUUGAUUCAAAACUUUCUGCUGGGAAUGGUACUGUAUAUCACACGUUCGUCCUCAAGUCUAGUGGAUCUGAACAGCUGACGAAGGAAAAGUUGCUGGCUGCAUUUUCUAGUGAAUCAAACUCGCAGAGGCAACUUUCACCGGUAGGGCAAUAGCAGUAUCAUGUUCUUUUAUAUAUUUAUUAGGGAUAAAAAUGUAGUCAAGAAUGGAUAUCUUAGUUUUUGCAGAGAUUUUGGUAUACAACAGUUGAAGAUAGGUGGAAAAUAACUAGCUAUUGACAAAGUAGCAGUAAAUUUUCUGUUGACUGUUUAUAAGUAGUAUACAUGUUCUACAUAAGCAUGGCAAGAUGAAUUAAUUGCAAGCUUAACUAUCUUUAGCGUACCA